CACUACACUAUACUAUACCAUGGCCAAACGGAAGAGAGACACGCCUGCCGACGGCCCUGCCGCAAAGGCAAAGAAGCAAUCUCCUACCACCGCCUCUACCUCCACCCUCCAAAUCAUCACCGGCUCCUACGAACGCGUCCUCCACGGCAUCACCGCCUCCCUCGACCCCGGCGCCAUUGCCGCCCCCGCCGAGGACGGCAGCGCCGUCAAAUGGGCCGACACCUUCCUCUUCAACGCCCACGCCUCCGCCAUCCGCUGUCUCGCCCUCUCCCCGCCCUCCGACUCGACCGACCCGCACUCGCAAAAGGUCAUUCUGGCCAGCGGUAGCACCGACGAGCGCAUCAACCUCUACCACCUGUCGACCGCGCCCCCGCCCAUCAAUGCCGGUCCCUCGAUCCCCACGCUUACCGGCACCACCAUCACCCAGAACCCCCGCAACAAGGAGCUCGGCGCGCUGAUGCACCACUCGUCCAAUGUCUCCGCCCUGCACUUCCCCAGCCGCGCGAAACUCUUCUCCGGCGCCGACGACAACACCGUUGCCAUUUCGCGUACGCGCGACUGGACGGUCCUGUCUACCAUCAAGGCUCCGAUUCCCAAGGCCAUGGGUAGGCCGAGCGGAGACACUGCUGCGCCGGGCGAGGUCCCUGCUGGUAUCAACGACUUUGCGGUACACCCUAGCCAGAAGCUCAUGAUUAGCGUGAGCAAGGGCGAAAAGUGCAUGCGGUUAUGGAACGUCAUGACGGGAAAGAAGGCCAGCGUGCUCAACUUUGAGCGGGACCUGCUGGCCGCGGUAGGAGAGGGCAAGUUCUCUAGCGGAGAGGGCCGCAGGCUGGAAUGGAACCCUGAGGGUGACGAGUGGGUCGUCACGUUUGAGCGGGGCUUCGUCGUGUACGGCAUGGACUCCAAGCCGAAAGCCCAAACCCUGCCCCGGCCCCUCACGAAAAUCCACCAAGUCCACUACGUGCCCUCCCUUGGCGAAGGCAACGACGUCCUCGCCGUCUCCACCGAAGACGGCCGCAUCCUCUUCUACUCCACCCAAGAAACCGUCCCCGCCGCCAAAGGCGACAUCCCGAACUGCAAACUGCUGGCGCAGCUCGGCGGCGCUGCCGGCGGCGUCCUCGGCCGCAUCAAGGACUUCGAGAUUCUGCCCAUCCCCAGCGAGAGUGACAGCGAGCUCGCCACCGCCUUCUGGAUCAUUACUGGCAGCAGUGACGGCUCCGUGCGUCUGUGGAAGCUGUCCACGGCAGAGCUCUCCGCCGACGAUGACGCAAAGCCCGCUUCCAAGAAAAAGCAGAAGGAGAAGGAGGACGGCAAUGCUGCUGCCGUCCCCGCCACCGCACAGGCAGCGAAGCAGGUCGGCGCCCUGAUCGGCUGGUACCAAACAAACAACCGUAUCACAUGUCUCAAAGCGUUCAUCAUGACCGGCACGCCGGAGGAUAUGAGCAUGGCGGAGGCGGAAGAGGAGGACAGUGCGGGUAGCAGCAGCGAUGACGAUGAUAGCGAUAGCGAGUAAAAUAUUUUGGAUAUCCGAUGCUGGUUGGCGUCUAAUCAGCCAGUCAAUGUCUUGUUACGAGCAUUAUAGCGCCUUUUACUUGGAUGUGAAUAUGACUUGGGCGCAAUUUUCAUCUUAUUCUCCAAUACCAACUUGUCAGAGUAGUAUUUUGUUUUAUUGCUGCGCCAGCCCAAUGCACAGAAAAGGCUCAUUGACGAAGUCCGCCGAAUAAAGCGAAAAAAGCAUUUUAAACCUACUGGAAUCCAAAAUGUACCGGCGUCAUUUUCCUCUACCCUUUUUUUU